UCCGAUUCUGUUCCGUUUUAACGAGCGUGCUGGUCGGUCGCAUUUUCCGCUGCGCCUUUUCCAGAAGCUGCGAGUGAAGCACAAUUAUUUUGGUUUUUCUUUGAGUGCAUCAGAUUUGAAAAAGUGCCAAACAUAGUAAUUAAAUAACUCAAGGUGUGGUGUAAAGCGCCUUAAUCACCAAGAUGAGUUACAUGCCAGCCCAGAAUCGUACCAUGUCGCAUAAUAAUCAAUACAAUCCGCCGGAUCUCCCGCCGAUGGUGUCCGCCAAGGAGCAGACCCUCAUGUGGCAGCAGAACUCGUAUCUGGGCGACUCCGGCAUCCACUCGGGGGCCGUGACCCAGGUGCCGUCGCUGUCCGGCAAGGAGGACGAGGAGAUGGAGGGGGAUCCCCUGAUGUUCGACCUGGACACCGGGUUCCCGCAGAACUUUACACAGGACCAGGUGGACGACAUGAACCAGCAGCUGAGCCAGACGCGCUCCCAACGCGUCCGGGCUGCCAUGUUCCCGGAGACGCUGGAGGAGGGCAUCGAGAUUCCCUCCACCCAGUUCGAUCCCCAGCAGCCGACGGCGGUGCAGCGUCUCUCGGAGCCGUCGCAGAUGCUGAAGCACGCGGUGGUGAAUCUGAUUAACUACCAGGACGACGCCGAGCUGGCCACCAGGGCCAUUCCGGAGCUGAUCAAGCUGCUGAACGACGAGGACCAGGUGGUCGUCUCCCAGGCGGCCAUGAUGGUCCACCAGCUGUCCAAGAAAGAGGCCUCGCGCCACGCCAUCAUGAACAGCCCCCAGAUGGUGGCCGCCCUGGUGCGCGCCAUCUCCAACAGCAACGAUCUGGAGAGCACCAAGGCCGCGGUGGGCACGCUGCACAACUUGUCGCACCAUCGCCAGGGCCUCCUGGCCAUCUUCAAGAGCGGCGGAAUCCCGGCACUCGUCAAGCUGCUCUCCUCGCCGGUGGAGAGUGUGCUCUUCUACGCAAUAACCACGCUGCACAACCUGCUGCUCCACCAGGACGGCUCCAAGAUGGCCGUACGCCUGGCCGGCGGCCUCCAGAAGAUGGUCACGCUGCUGCAGAGGAACAACGUCAAGUUCCUGGCCAUCGUCACCGAUUGCCUGCAGAUUCUGGCCUACGGCAACCAGGAGAGCAAGCUCAUAAUCCUCGCCUCCGGCGGGCCGAACGAGCUGGUGCGCAUCAUGCGCUCCUACGACUACGAGAAGCUGCUGUGGACCACCUCGCGGGUGCUCAAGGUGCUGUCCGUCUGCUCCAGCAACAAGCCGGCCAUCGUGGACGCCGGCGGCAUGCAGGCGCUGGCCAUGCACCUGGGCAACAUGUCGCCGCGCCUCGUGCAGAACUGUCUGUGGACACUGCGCAACCUGUCCGACGCGGCUACCAAGGUGGAGGGGCUCGAGGCCCUGCUCCAGUCGCUCGUCCAGGUCCUGGGCUCCACCGAUGUCAACGUGGUCACCUGUGCCGCCGGCAUCCUCUCGAAUCUGACGUGCAACAAUCAGCGCAACAAGGCCACCGUCUGCCAGGUGGGCGGCGUGGACGCCCUCGUCCGCACCAUCAUCAAUGCCGGGGAUCGCGAGGAGAUCACCGAGCCGGCCGUUUGCGCCCUGCGCCACCUGACCUCGCGUCACGUGGACUCGGAGCUGGCCCAGAAUGCCGUGCGUCUCAACUACGGGCUGUCGGUGAUUGUGAAGCUGCUGCAUCCACCGUCCCGCUGGCCGUUGAUCAAGGCCGUCAUUGGGCUCAUACGCAACUUGGCCCUCUGUCCGGCCAACCACGCCCCGUUGCGGGAGCACGGGGCCAUCCAUCACCUGGUGCGGCUGCUAAUGCGCGCCUUCCAGGACACAGAGAGGCAACGCUCCUCGAUUGCCACCACGGGCUCCCAGCAGCCGUCUGCCUACGCCGACGGCGUGCGCAUGGAGGAGAUUGUCGAGGGCACGGUGGGGGCUCUGCAUAUCCUGGCCCGUGAGUCCCACAACCGGGCGCUCAUUCGCCAGCAGUCGGUGAUACCGAUCUUUGUGCGUUUGCUGUUCAACGAAAUCGAGAAUAUUCAGCGCGUGGCUGCUGGGGUUCUUUGUGAGCUGGCCGCCGACAAGGAGGGCGCCGAGAUUAUCGAGCAGGAGGGCGCCACCGGGCCGCUGACCGACCUGCUGCACUCGCGCAACGAGGGCGUGGCCACGUACGCUGCCGCCGUGCUCUUCCGCAUGAGCGAGGACAAGCCGCAGGACUACAAGAAGCGCUUGUCCAUCGAGCUGACCAACUCGCUGCUGCGCGAGGACAACAACAUUUGGGCCAACGCCGACCUGGGCAUGGGUCCCGAUCUGCAGGAUAUGCUUGGACCAGAAGAAGCAUAUGAAGGCCUGUACGGACAAGGUCCGCCCAGCGUGCACAGUUCGCACGGAGGUCGCGCAUUCCAUCAGCAAGGAUAUGAUACUCUACCAAUAGAUUCGAUGCAGGGUCUGGAGAUCAGCAGCCCGGUGGGCGGCGGCGGCGCUGGCGGUGCUGCCGGCAAUGGUGGAGCGGUGGGCGGAGCUGGCGGCGGCGGCGGCAACAUCGGCCCCAUCCCGCCCAGCGGCGCACCCACAUCACCCUACUCCAUGGACAUGGAUGUCGGCGAGAUUGAUGCCGGUGCAUUGAACUUUGAUUUGGACGCCAUGCCGACGCCACCCAAUGACAACAACAAUCUGGCUGCCUGGUACGACACCGACUGCUAGACGACGAUGACGAGGAGCGAGCGAAAGAGCCGAGCUAAGGGUAAGGGUCGAGGAGCAUCAAUCCAUUCGACCCCAAAAACGAGAUAACACAAAACACACGAGUCCCCCGUCCCAGCAAUAUAGCCCUUUUCCACUAGGACGUGGAGAUGCAGAUGGA